AUGGUCAUUCAGACAGUGAUCCCUGCCCAAGAUCAAAUCCCAUAUUUCCCAACUACAAUCCCGGCUAUGCCUGCCGGAGGCUCAGGCUUGCUGUUGCGACUACCCCUCGUUCAACUAUACCGGCGCAUACAGCCAUUUUUCUACUGCUCCCAUCACAUUCAAAGUCUAUCUACAACAAUUAUCGACGAGGCGCAUGCUCACACAUAUCAUACAGCACCGCCCAGUGUUGCCGAGAUUCCUUUCGCGAAGACUCAAGAGCACAAUGUUGCAGCUGGUGAUCUUGGCCUAGAAAAAGACUCGGUACCUGAUGAAUAUUUCGAUCAGGACCCUGAGUUACAACAGCAGUCCACUUCCAUAGCAGGUCAGACUACUACUUAACUCGGGAGAACAUGGAAGUAGCCCGUCGUGUUCUUGCUAGAUUCAAAUGAAUUCCUUUGAGCUAGCAAAAGCACUUGACGUUUCGUCAUGUCCUCAUUCAAAGCCGUGGCAGUCACCUGGAAAAUGCAGUACCAAUAUAAUGUCCGUGAUAUCUGCACAUCAAGGGACUUGUCGGCUCCAAUAAUGACCCUUACCAGGGGUUUUGAGUCUGGAGGGUAGAAGGCCGGUCCCAUUAUAGAACACCAAUACUUCCCCUCAUUUCCAUGCAGGAAUUUGAGUGGAAAAGAAUGCAGUUUUGUUGAUGAUACGCUGCACAUGUUACCG